AUGUCAUCGGAACUGGUGGCACAUUCAUCUCAGACAGCAAAUACUGGCGCCGCCGCGCCUGAGAAACGGAAACGUACCAAAUACGCGGCCAAGGCUUGUGUCGAAUGUAAACGACGAAAGGUGAAAUGCUGCGGCGAGCAUCCAUGCCAGCGCUGUCGUCGGCGCAUGAUGGACUGUGUCUUUACGCCGGAUGAAGUUACUGCGGAUAGUCGAAAAAUUGAGGAAUUGCUUGAGCAAAUCUCCAAAAUGCAGACACAAAUUGAUAGUCUGACUGGGACUGUGGAAUCAUUCAAUUCGAUGGGAUCAUCAUCCCCGAAGAAGCGAAAACUGUCCCGUAGCACAGUCUCUGCUCCUUCAAAAGGCAGCCAGAACGCAAAGUCUGAAAGGUCACAAUCAGCAUCAGCGACGGGGAAGAUAUCUUUUCAUGGCGUAACUACAUCUUCAUUCAACUUUGAAGUUGCGCGACAAACUCUACGUAGUAGAGGUAUUACCGAAGUCGGCGGAGGAACUAGUGGCAGCGACGGGGACGAGUAUAAUACCAGCCAGGGAGGAGAAGUCGCAACAAGAAAUACUUCACCCAUUCUAUCCCCAUCAACUACACGCGACGAACACCAUCAACCAUCUUCAACCAUUGACCCAUUAUGGGGCAUCAACAGGGAAGAAGCAAUCCGAUUAUGCCACGUUUACGAAGAGGAAAUGGGUAUAAUGUACCCUGUGGUCGAUUUUGAGACGAUUAUUUAUCAGGUCCAUGUCCUCUAUAACCAUUUGAACCCUUUGUCAUCUUCCGAGCAGAACACCAAGGCUGAGCCGCUUUCGGACGAUGAUAUCAAUAUCUUAAAACUAGUGUUUGCGUGUGCUCUCACUGCCGAAGCGAAUGGCAAUAGUGAAUUGGCCAUGAGGAUUUUCCGGGGUGUUCGAGACGUCGCGUCAGAUAUGGUGUGGCAACCGCCGAACAUCAAACGGGCGAUUCUUAUAACUCUUGUGUCAAUUUAUCUCUUCCAAAUAGAUGAAGAGGCUACCGCAUGGAGAACCAUUGGAACUGCGCAACGACUAUGUCUGGAAAUGGGUCUUCAUCGGUCAGAGACGUAUCCCCAGCCUGCUAUUGUUUCGUAUGGAAAGGAAGACGCCUUGAAACUUUUCUGGUCUGUAUACACGUUGGAUAUCAGGUUUAGUAUGGGGACUGGAAUGCCAUAUCAGCUAGACUCUAGUGACAUUGAUCCAUCACUUCCACGGCCGACCAACGUCCCGUACCUCAACACAAUGAUCAACUACAACCGCAUCGCCGAAAAAGUCUGGCGCUUCAUCACCUCUCCAAACCGCAAUCAACAACCCCGAAUGGAAGAAAUGGCCUAUCUGGACUGGCAAGUCACGCAAUGGUACAAUUCGAUUCCCGAGUUUCUGAAAAUCCCCGAUCCUAGUAUUUAUUAUGCUUCCGGAAAUGAACAGCAUAACGAACAGAAUAAAAUCCAACAAGACGCUCCGCGAAGUACUUGUCGACUGAAAUAUUUGCUAUAUCUGCGCGCCGAUCUGAUGAAGAUCCUCAUCUACCGGCCUAUCCUCUACACACCGUCUCAAAUCGCGCAAUCCCCCGUUGAAGCCGCGACAGUAGUCGACAUUGCCAAAAACACAAUCAGCUUCAUCACACAUCUCAACAAUCAUUCCAACAUUUACCAACUACAACAAAUCACGUUCAACUGGUUCUUGAUUUCUGCAUUGGCGGUGCUGUUUCUAGCUGUUGCGCAUGCACCAGGACAGUUUACGAGUUCAUGUAAAGAUGAAUUUUAUAUGGCUCUGGGACUUAUUGAAGGGUUUUCGAUGCAUUCGUAUAUUUCGCAGAGAUUGUGGAAAUCGAUUAAAGGAUUGAGAAAGUUGGGUCCUAAGAUUGGGCUUGCUCAGAAAUCGGCGGAGGUUGUGCAGCCGCUACAGCAGGUAGAUAAUUAUUCGACACCGACUGGGAUGGAUACAGUUCAUCAUGAAAGUAUAUCGACGGAUAUUCUACCAUCCCAUCAAUAUAGACAACCACUACCACUUGCAGCAUCAACAACAACCCUACCAACUCAACAACCCUCGCCAGACGACUUUCUUCUUACAGACAGUACACAGAUGUCCCGCGAGCUAAUGGACUGGUUCGAAGCAAUGGGCGGCCUUCACAAUAGCAUAUUCAACCAUUCCAACAACGCCAGCGGUGAGCCCGAAUCCGGGUACAUGGACGCCGGGGUUGGUGGUAGUGCAGGAUGGAAUGGGAUGUUGACGGAUACGACUUCAUGGCCUGCAACAGAUGAUUUCAUGUUUGGUGGAUAUGGGAGUGAUUUGGCGAGUAUUCUGAAGGAUUGUUUUUGAUUCCGUCUUCAUCGCGCCUUUCCGGAUUAUCAUA